AUGAAGGCUAAUCAUAUAAAAAGUUUUCCCAAUGCGCCCAACACUUUAAAUCGACCAGCUCAAGCUUCACAAUCAUUAUACCCGUCAUGCGUUGACUUAUUAGAUCGACUUUAUUGUGUUGAAGGUUUUGAAGAAUAUUUAAAGCAUGUAAAAGAUAACAUGCAAGCUGAUGGUUCUAUAGUGGGAACACCAACUUCUGAAAAUGGACAAAAGGGCUCGAUACCAAAUGAUCCAAUUACUUUAUUAUGGAAAACUUUUCGCUUAGGUUAUCCACUUUGUGCACUUUUCAAUACUUUACAAACAUCAAAACCUUUGAAUGUUAUAAUUGAAGAUUCAAAGCCUGGUGGUAGUAUUAAAGCAAAUAAGGCUAGCGUCUAUCAUUUCUUAGUAGCUUGUCAAGCACAACUUGAAUUUGAACAAGAUGAUAUAUUUACUAUAACGCAAUUAUAUCAGGAUGAUACUAAUGGUUUCGUUAAAGUUAUUAACACUGUAAAACUUGUGAUAGAUAAAAUAGAAGAAAAAGGGCUUUUGAAUAUGUCAAAAAGGCAUACUUUACGAAAUUCAGAUCCUACGAAGCCUACAGAUAAUAGAGCAAGAGUUGUACAUGAGUUAUUAGAAACGGAGAGAAAAUAUGUACAAGAUAUGGAAGCUUUACAAAUUAAAGAUAUUGUUAGUGCUGAUACAAUUCAUUUACUUUUUGCCAAUCUUAAUCAACUGGUUGAUUUUCAACGUCGUUUUCUUAUUCGCGUUGAGGCAAAUGCAAGUUUACCACCAUCAGAACAAAGAUUUGGAAUUUUAUUUAUACAAAUGGUAAAAAAUAUAUAUGCUUUUACUGUAUAUGAACCAUUUUGUGCAAAUUAUCAAUCUGCUUCUGAAUUAAUAAUUAAAGAAAAACCUAAUUUACAAAAAUUAGCAAAUAAGGUUGAACCAACAUAUGAAUUGCCUUCACUGUUAAUAAAACCUAUACAACGUAUUUGUAAAUAUCCACUAUUAUUACAGGAAUUACUGAAAUUUACUGAUAGUAAUGAGACACAGUUUUAUGAUGAGAUCCAGCAGGGUUUACUUGCAAUAAAAAGAGUAGCAGAUCGAGUUAAUGAGACAAGGCGUAAACAAGAGAAUGAUGCAAUAGUUAAAGAUUUAGAGAGUCGUGUUGAAGAUUGGAAGGGACACAAGAUAACGACAUUUAAAGAUUUACAUCUUGAGGAUGUUUUUAUAAUGUCAAAAGAUGACACGGAACGAGAGUAUCAUGUAUAUCUUUUUGAAAGAAUUAUACUUUGUUGUAAAGAGAUACAGAAAAAAUCUCAAACAAAACCAAAAGGCAUAUUGAAAGAUGGAAAGAAAAGCAAAAAACCGUCUUUACAACUUAAAGGAAGAAUCUAUAUACAUAAUAUAUCAGCCAUUGUAAAUAAUAGUCGACAAGGAUUAUGGUCGCUAAAAAUAUUUUGGAAAGGAGAUUCAGAAUUGGAUUCAUUUUCAUUAAAAUGUCGUAAUGAAGAACAGCUUAAAUUAUGGCAAACGACAAUAGAGAAAUUACAAAAUGAGAGUUCUAAUAGAAAUACAUUGAUAUCAUCAAAUAUCCAUUCAAAAAAUUCAUCAGAACCAAAUUCAACACCUGUCAAACAUAAAAUAGCAAAAAGUCAAUCAUUACCAUAUGGUCAACCUCCUGCUACGCCGUAUGGUGGAAAUGGUAAGUCUAGACCUAGAACGGAGGAACAAACACCAUUACCUCCAUAUAAUUGGAAUUCAUCACAACCAUUGCCAUCAAAUGCACACCGAACUCAUGGUAACACAUCGAUGCCACCGAUUCCACGUAGUAGCAAUAGCUCAAUGAUGACAGCAACAAAUACUACCACAACAACCGUUUCCACUUCCACUUCCACAUCACCAACAAUGACACCACCAUCAUCAUACCAUACAUCACCAGCACAAUCAGCAAGAAGUAGCACGAGUACCUCAAAUUCCAAUUCGGUAAAUACAUGGUCAAGACGAAGUAUUGAACAACCAUCAGCACUUGCAGACACUUUAGCCAAAGUUAUGAUGUCGGAAGAAGAUGAUUAUGUAACCUCGACAUCUAUGCAACGAGCACAUUCUCAUAACACACCACCACCAACAGAUCAGCAAACAUACCAAAACGUGAAUGGAUCAAUAAUUGCGCAACAACAACAGCAGCAAGCAGCAAAUUCUAUUUUACGUAAUCAACGUUUGAGAUCAGCCAGCACUCCAAACAUACACUCGAUUCAAGAAUCAUCAUUUGAAAGCGGCGAGCCAUUGCCCGAACUACCGGCUUCACCACCAUCUAGCAACAACAAUGUUAUUAAAGUUAAUUACGCAGAUGAAAUAUUUGUGAUAGUAGUGCCACAAAAUAUCGAGUAUAGAGAAUUGUGUGAAAGAAUAGAACGUAAAAUAAGGUUAUGUAGCACAAGACGUGACGAGUCCAUACCAUUACGAAAAUUAAUAGCUAGAGGGAAUUGUGUUAAUUUAUAUGUUAGUUAA